CGUUGUUGAGUGAGGUUUCGUGAGCAUUCCGUGAGGAGUGUCAGGUCGGCUCGUGGUGAGACGAACGUAGUGCGCGAACGUGGUGUCGAACAACGACGUCGACGACGAGGAGACGAGAAAGGAGGCUGCUGCUCCGUGCUGCGGCCGUACCGUGAUCGGUGUCGCGUGCUGAACGGCAAUUCGCGGAGUCGUCGGGGACGCGGAGUCGCGCACGCAGCACGUUACGGUGCGGAGAUAAAUUCUUGCUGGAAUCAUGAGUUAUCCAAUGUCAACGAAUCAAUCGAGACCGAUGUCUCAAGGAAAUUACCAGGGCCCGGGCGACUUGCCCAUGGGCUCGGCCAAGGAACAGACGCUGAUGUGGCAGCAGAACUCCUACAUGAACGACUCAGGUAUCCAUUCCGGCGCUGUCACCCAGGCACCAUCUCUGUCCGGCAAGGAGGACGAGGAAAUGGAGGGUGAUCAGCUGAUGUUCGAUCUGGACCAAGGAUUCGCACAGGGUUUCACACAGGAUCAAGUCGACGAGAUGAAUCAGCAACUGAGUCACACCCGAUCGCAACGUGUGCGCGCCGCUAUGUUUCCCGAAACGCUGGAGGAAGGUGUGGAGAUACCUUCCACGCAAUUCGAUCCCGCACAGCCCACCGCCGUACAGAGACUGGCCGAGCCGAGCCAGAUGCUGAAGCAUGCCGUUGUCAAUUUGAUAAACUAUCAGGACGAUGCUGAUCUUGCGACACGCGCUAUUCCAGAAUUGAUCAAAUUGCUGAACGACGAGGAUCAGGUGGUCGUCUCCCAGGCGGCUAUGAUGGUGCACCAGCUGUCGAAGAAGGAGGCCUCCCGUCAUGCCAUCAUGAACAGCUCGCAGAUGGUGGCCGCCUUGGUGCGCGCUAUCUCGAACAGCGACGACUUGGAGUCGACGAAGGCCGCGGUCGGCACGCUGCACAAUUUAUCACACCACCGGCAGGGCUUGCUGGCCAUUUUCAAGAGCGGCGGCAUUCCCGCGCUUGUGAAACUACUGAGCUCCCCCGUGGAGUCCGUUCUUUUUUACGCGAUAACGACGCUACACAAUCUGUUGCUUCAUCAAGACGGUUCUAAGAUGGCCGUGCGCCUUGCCGGCGGUUUGCAAAAGAUGGUCGCUCUGCUUCAACGGAACAACGUCAAGUUCCUAGCCAUUGUUACCGAUUGCCUGCAGAUUCUGGCAUACGGUAAUCAGGAGAGCAAGCUAAUUAUUCUUGCCUCGCAAGGCCCAAUUGAGCUUGUACGCAUCAUGCGCUCUUACGAGUACGAGAAACUGUUGUGGACCACUUCAAGAGUAUUAAAAGUAUUGUCCGUCUGUCCUAGUAAUAAACCCGCGAUUGUCGAGGCUGGAGGUAUGCAGGCACUCGCCAUGCAUCUUGCGAAUCCGAGUCAAAGAUUAGUGCAGAAUUGCCUGUGGACGCUGCGUAAUCUGUCGGACGCUGGCACGAAGGUUGACGGUCUCGAUAAUUUGCUGCAGAGUCUCGUGCUUGUGCUCGGAUCGGCAGACGUCAAUGUGGUCACGUGCGCCGCUGGCAUCUUGUCAAACCUGACCUGCAACAAUCAGCGCAACAAGGUUGCGGUGUGUAAUUUCGGUGGUGUCGACGCUCUGGUCCGUACGAUCAUCAAUGCCGGUGAUCGGGAAGAGAUAACCGAACCGGCGGUGUGCGCCUUACGUCACUUGACCUCGCGUCACGGCGAAGCGGAAAUGGCGCAAAAUUCCGUUCGGUUAAACUAUGGUAUCCAGGUUAUAGUCAAAUUACUCCAUCCGCCGUCACGCUGGCCGUUGGUGAAGGCGGUUAUCGGAUUAAUCCGCAACUUGGCUCUGUGUCCUUCUAAUCACAUCCCGUUACGCGAUCACGGCGCGAUACAUCAUCUUGUGAGACUCUUGAUGCGUGCAUUCCAGGACACUCAACGCCAGCGCUCAUCUGUUGCCAGUACCGGCAGUCAACAGGCAGCGGGUGCGUAUGCAGACGGAGUACGUAUGGAAGAAAUAGUGGAAGGUUCAGUAGGUGCACUUCAUAUCCUUGCAAGAGAGUCCCAUAAUAGGGCGAUAAUUCGAUCACAGAACGUAAUUCCGAUCUUCGUACAAUUACUGUUCAACGAGAUUGAAAAUAUUCAACGUGUAGCAGCCGGCGUACUUUGCGAACUGGCAGCUGACAAAGAAGGCGCCGAGAUAAUAGAACAGGAGGGUGCUACCGCCCCGCUGACAGAGUUACUACACUCCAGGAAUGAGGGUGUCGCUACUUAUGCAGCGGCAGUGCUAUUCCGCAUGAGCGAGGACAAACCCCAAGAGUACAAAAAACGACUUUCCAUGGAGUUGACGAAUUCCUUAUUCCGCGAGGACACAAAUCUGUGGAACAACGCCGACUUCAGCAUGGCACCGGAUCUACAGCUACCUAAUCUUCAGGACAUGCUUGGCCCUGAGCAAGGCUAUGAUGGUAUGUAUGGCCAAGGACCUCCUAGCGUACACAGCAGCCAUGGCGGUCGGGGUUAUCAACCACAAGGUUAUGACCAGAUACCAGUAGACUCGAUGCAGGGGUUAGAGAUAGGUGGUGGAUCGACAUAUGGCGCAAUGGACACUAUGGACGUCGCACACGAUGGUGACUUGAGUUUCGAUCACUUGGAAGAGCUUCCUGCACCGCCGCAAGACAACAACCAGGUCGCGGCCUGGUACGACACCGAUCUCUGAAUCCGUGCCAUUAUCGAUCUCACGAGCGACAGCAAGCGAAAAACUCAAAAAGCAGGAGCCCUUUUUUUCAGUACUAAGCGAACUUUCAUAGUAGAGCCUCGAUUAUCCGAGCGCUACAGUUGAAUGUCCGCGUUAUGGACUCGUCGAGAGUCCAAGUAAGAAAAAAGAAAACUCGUCCCUAUCUUUCCUGAUUCGCAUUUAUUUUUAUUUUUGCAUUUUUCGCAAUUUUUUAAUUUAGUGACAGAUAGAAUGACACAUACAAUGAAAAUGACCCUGUUAUGCCCCCCUCUCUCUUUCUUCUCUUUAUUUUUUUUUAGUUAUUUACUUGCCGAUUUGUGGUCGGCAUUCAGCCGAGCGUCGAUUGUUGUUAGAUGAAUGGCGCGCCAAGUGAUCGCAUAGUGCUUGGUAUCCCGGAUUUAUAAUACAGGAUGUUCGACUGUAUUCGAAUAGUGUACCUUAAGAUAUACGAUGCAUCUUAAUAAGUAAUUAAAUGACGCUCGGGAAAUUUAUCGGAAAAUAUCACUUUUUUAUGCAUUUAUAAUUUUUAUUUUUGAAGUUAUAUCGACUUGAUACAUGAAGUAAUAUCGAUUGACGGCUAUCGUGUCUUGACCAUCUCUCGGUCCGCGAGAAGCCGUCCUCGAAUAUAAAAGAUCAAUUAGUUCGCGUUAUAGUUGACAUCUUCCUAUAGUCCACGUUCGCGUUUCGCCAAAACGGGAAGUGAAACAUUUCGCUAAUCCAUAUCGAACCCAAGAAAAUGUAUCGCCUGUAUGUAAUCGCCUAAUACGAAUCAUUCACCCGAGCAUAUAAACAUUAUAUCGAUGUAUUAGAAUUAAGUAAGACACAUGUAAUUCGUACACACAUGUAUAUGUAUCGUUUAAUUGUCUAUACAAAUAAACAACAUAAUUAAGCGAU